UAUAUAGUGUUUAGAAAGUUCUUAAAUUUUGAUUUUCCAAUUUCUUAUAUUUAUUUUGUAAAAUAUUGUUUUAAAUGGCUUCGGAAGCUGGUAGUAACGUGGAACUUUUGUUCUCGUCAUACUCGGACGAAAGAGGUUACGUUCCCAGUAGUGUUUUAAACGAAUUGGUGUGUGAAUUGGGUUAUGCACCUUCCCUUAAAGAAAUGUCAGAUUUUAAGCAGAAGACUGGAGGCCAGUGCGAUUUGACUUCUUUUAAGGCGUUUUUGAAGACCAUCGUCCACCCUGAAGAUACACACGCAAACCUAACUGAACUGUUCAGAUUCUAUGAUCCCAAUAACACCGGCAGAAUUAGUAAGAAACAGCUGGAGAGACUCUUAACAAACGUAGGAGAAUACUUGUCAGAAACGGAAAUUGAAAGAUUUUUUAGUGUUUUAUGCAACGAGACGGAUGAAGUGGAUUAUGAAGAUCUAGUUAACAAACUCCUACUAAAGUGAUUUUUAUUUA